AUGCUCAAACGAGCUUACGACGCAAAUGCCAGCAAAAAGCCUGGCCGCGAGGAUUUAGAGGAGAUCCUCCGCGCAAGUCUCACAUCCUAUGAUCUAGUCUUCUGUCAUCUGGACGCAUUAGAUGAAUGUCCUGAGGAGGAGGACACGAGAAGAGUUGUUUUGCAAGGCAUCGAACAACUCUUUGAACAUGCACAAAACUUGCGAAUACUUGUGACCAGUCGAGACGAAUCCGAUAUUCGCCGAUCGAUAGAGCUACUUGACCUUACCUCGAUUUCCGUUGCAAGUGAGUUGGUGACUCCUGACAUACAGCGAUACAUUGACAAACAGAUAAGUCGCGUUCCGAAGCUCUCCCGCCUGGAUGCUGCAACAAAAAACCUUGUCAGGGAGACAUUGUCGGAGAGGGCCGAUGGAAUGUUUCGAUACGUGUUCUGCCAGCUCCAGGAACUGACCAAAUCCAAGUCAACCAGACCUACCACAGUAAGGAACGUUCUCCUCGCCUUGCCAGCAACACUUGACGGAACUUACGAGCGAAUGUUGUCACGAAUUGAUUUCGAAGACCAACCAUAUGCUUUGACUCUACUCCGAUGGCUUGCCUUCUCAUACGAACCCCUGACGCUUGAACAAUUGGCUGAAGCUAGCAUCAUUGAUCCGACAAAUGAUCCAAACUCAGACGGAACCGUCGACAUAGACAACAAGGGUGACUGGGCAGACACCCUGGAAGUACUUGCCGGGCUAGUCGUCGCCAUCACAGAUGAUAAGCAAGACUAUGAAGCACCCGACUGCGAGCCCGCCGAUGAGGAAGCACAAGACGAUGACUACAUCCGUCUAGCCCAUUUCUCCGUGAAGGAAUAUCUGCAGUCAAAUCGCAUCACGGCGAGCAAGGCAAGAGACUACCACCUGGACCCGGGCCGAGGGCAUCGAUUUCUGACGCACAGCUGCCUUGCGUAUCUCAUUUACUACAGUGACUCU